GACAGACAACAACUACCCUCAGACAAGUUGGGGAGAGAGGAGCUCAGGAGCUCUCUUGGCUUUCAGAAUAAAACUUUGCCUUUAUCUCUUUGCUACAAAAAAAAGAAUAUAGAAAUACAUAGAAAUACCGUCACUACUUGCAGCCACUUGGAUCUGAUGCAGAAGAUUUCAUUUGAUGCCUGUGCACCAUUGUCCACAAGAAGGAUUUAUUUAUUCCAAUAGCCAUGGCAGAGAGAAGGCGAAUGAGUUACAGCGUCCACAGGGAGGUCCUGGAUGAAAAAGCAAUGGAUGAGAUGGGACAAAAGUCUGUAUCAAAAACAUCUCUGCGUGAGAAGGUCAAAAAGUCAGUAAGGUGUUCUGGCCACCGGAUGAAGAGCUGCCUGCUGGGUACUGUUCCUAUUUUGUCAUGGCUUCCCCGUUACCCCAUCAGAGAAAAUGCCUUGGGUGACCUGAUCUCUGGGAUAAGUGUGGGCAUCAUGCAGCUGCCACAGGGUAUGGCCUAUGCCUUGCUGGCUUCUGUUCCUCCAGUAUUUGGCCUGUACUCAUCCUUCUACCCAGUCCUUAUCUACUUCAUCUUUGGCACAUCCAAACACAUCUCAGUUGGAACAUAUGCAGUGAUGAGCGUGAUGAUAGGAGGAGUGACUGAGCGACUGGCCCCAGACUCAAACUUUAUGACAUGGGACAAUGUGACCAACACCAGUAUAAUUGACACAGUUGCCCGUGAUGAGGAAAGGGUCCGAGUGGCUGCAGCUGUCACAUUUAUAUCUGGGUUAUUUCAAAUUCUACUCGGUCUGGUCCAGUUUGGUUUUGUGGUAACCUACUUGUCUGAGCCACUAGUCCGAGGUUAUACCACAGGAGCUGCUAUCCAUGUCAUCGUGUCUCAGCUCAAAUACACCUUUGGCGUUAACCCUGUGAGACAUAAUGGACCUUUAUCCCUGAUAUAUACUGUAUUGGAGAUAUGCUAUCUCCUCCCAGAGUCAAACAUCGGCACUCUUGUGAUCAGUGUUAUUACCAUACUCGGCCUUAUCGCGGCUAAGGAGUUCAAUGCAUUUUUGGGCAAGAAAAUACCCGUUCCUAUACCCGUGGAGCUGAUUGCUAUCGUUAUAGCUACAGUUAUCGCAUGGCAAUUUAACCUGCAGCAGGAAUAUGGAGUGGAUGUAGUGGGAGUUAUUCCCUCAGGUCUCCAGCCACCUGUUUUCCCAGACACCUCUAUCUUUGGCCAAGUGAUCGGUGAUGGCUUUGCUCUGUCUGUGGUUGGCUACGGCAUCGCCAUCUCUCUGGGACGAAUCUUUGCCCUAAAAUAUGGAUACAAGGUUGACAGCAACCAGGAACUAAUUGCUCUGGGUCUGAGUAACUCCAUUGGAGGAAUUUUUCAGUGUUUUACUGUCAGCUGCUCCAUGUCUCGCACUAUGGUUCAGGAAAGUGCAGGGGGCAAAACUCAGGUCGCUGGGGCUCUGUCAGCAGUAGUGAUCCUUUUUAUCACGUUGUGGAUUGGAUCACUCUUUGAAGAUCUGCCCAAGGCGGUCUUGGCUGCCAUCAUCCAUGUCAACCUCCAUAGCAUGAUGAAGCAGUUCUUGGACAUCCCUGCUUUGUGGAAAACCAACAGAGUGGAUAUGCUGGUCUGGGUGGCCACCUUCAUCCUCACCUUGCUGUUAAACCCUGACAUAGGACUGGCUGCAUCCAUUGGUUUCUCCUUGCUUACUGUCAUCUUCAGGACACAGCUACCUAAAUAUUCCAUACUAGGGCAGGUCCCUGAAACUGACAUUUACAAGCCACUGGACGAAUACCAUCAGGUGAGGCGAGUGCCAGGGAUUUUGAUCUUCCGUUCCUCUGCCACCCUCUACUUUGCCAAUGCAGAGAUGUACCAGGAAGCCUUGAACUCAAAGGUGAGAACACAGAUAUCCUAAACCGAAGCUUCAAACCAAAUCUUAAUCCUAAAAAAAGUUUUUUUUAAAAAAGUGACAAGAAAAUGUCUUUUAAAAACAUCAUUACUCUUAAAUUCUCACAAAGAGCACAAAUUAACUUACAACAGGGAGCCAAACAUGGAGGAGCAGAACCAUGUGUCUGUCAUUGAAGUAGAUGCUGAGCGGGACCCCUCACUCCCAAGAGCCAUUGUUCUCGACCUUGGCCCUGUCAACUUCCUGGACACCGUGGGGGUCAAGACACUACGAAGUAUUCGGAGAGACUACGGAGAAAUUGGAGUGGAGGUGUUUCUUGCUGGUUGCCAAAGCGGUGUGGUGGAUAACCUUCAGACCGCAGGUUUCUUUAAUGACAAAGUAACAAAGUCUUGUCUCUUCACCACCGUCCACGACGCCGUUCUGUACUGUCAGUCUGCCAUAACACAGAGCCAAAGCAUGGAAUAUAAGGAGAUUGCUGCAACAUAUUUUUGAGUCCACAGAGGAAACAAUAUGAUAUUAUAAAGAAGUGACAGACACUCUGUCUGUUGGAGGAGUUACCCAUGGAGCUUCAGAACUGAAUCUACCUUCUGUCUCAAACACAGAGACGUUUACACACAGUACAACAAACAUAGUACACAUCAUGUGUAUGCAUAUGCACAGCUAUCUGUUAUAUAGCUUAUAGCCAUAUAUUAUAUGGCUAUAAGACUUUGUAUGUAAUAGAAGUCACUGUGAUAAGCUUCACUUUUCUGAUCAAUAUUAUAUGCAAUUUUUUUUAAACCUUUAAGUGCAUUAGAUUAAUUUAAUUUCACAUUAUCUGUAAAAGUAUACUAUCCUUCCAGUAUGUGCGCAUCCAUAUAGGUAAUGGUCUGCAUAUUAUAUGGUGCUCUGUGUAUAGACGUAUAGACUCUAAUCAAUCAAUCAGUCAAUCAAAUAAUAUGUAUAGAUUAUUUUUCUCCUGUGUAAUUUUUAGACGAACCUUGUGUGUGUUUUUUGGUUUUGUUUGUGUUGUGUUAGUGUUUUGUUUAGUUUUUUACUGUUAAUCAUUACAUAAAUGCUUGCCAUGAUAGAUUAUUUAUGAAGCAAGUGUUCGU